UUGAUUGAAUUGUGUGAGUGAAAGAGUAGUGGUGGCGUUUCUGCUCUCUCUUCUGAGUCUGCAUUUUGACCAUAACACCAACAACAACAAAACAGAGAGAGAACAAUAACAAGAAGAAGAAGAAGAUUCUACUUUUCAGCUUUUGCUUUUGCGUGUUAACAUCACUUCUUUGUGCAUUCUCUCAAUCACUCUCUCCAAUUUCCUCAUCAAAUGCCGCACAUGCACCUCCUCACAGAUCUCUGCUUCUGAUUUGGUGAGUUGAUAAGAGUUGAUGGACUGGAGCUGUAAAAGUGAUCAGAAUUGGUUUAAUCAAAAUUUGAGCAUUCACCAUAACAUUCCUGUGAAUUGAAACUUGUGUUUUGAGUUUUUGUUGUUGCUUUUUCUUGUGAAUGAAGAUGAAGCAAGUAGUUGUUACAUAAAAUUGUGUACACAGUUUAGUUAGUAAUUGGACUUAAUAUGGGGGGCAUUUGUUCAAGAUCAUGGAAAGCAACUGUAGAUGGUGUAGCUGUAGAUAAUGUACCUGGUGAAAGUUCAAGACAUUCUGCUAAUGGUCAUGCUACUAAUAAUGAACCUGGAAUGACUUAUCAGUCUAUUUCUGCAAAUAUAAAUAGUAAUUCAACUUUGCAUCCUCUUGCUGAUGAGUUGGAUAAGCAUCAACGAGAAUCGUUUUCUUUUACUGGAUUGGAAAAGGUACCGUAUGGUCCGGGUGCUGAAGAUAUCAAUGAUGGGAUUCCUCGCCUGCCUCGGACAUUAUCGCACAAAUCUAGAAAGACUGUUAAGGUAUCAGAAGUGAGUUCACUAUUAGGCAGAGCUGGUACAGCUGGGCUUGGCAAGGCAGUAGAUGUUUUGGACACACUAGGUAGUAGUAUGACAAAUUUGAAUCUCAGUAGUGGUUUUACAUCGGGAGUUACAACAAAAGGAAUUAAAAUUUCAAUUUUGGCCUUCGAAGUAGCAAACACAAUAGUUAAGGGUGCCAAUCUAAUGCAAUCUCUUUCAAAAGAGAACAUUAAGCAUUUAAAAGAGGUGGUUCUACCGUCUGAAGGAGUGCAAAAGUUGGUAUCUACAGAUAUGAAUGAACUCCUGAGAAUUGCUGCUGCAGACAAGAGAGAAGAAUUGAGAAUAUUUUCUGGCGAAGUUGUGCGUUUUGGAAAUCGAUGCAAAGAUCCUCAGUGGCACAACCUGGAACGCUAUUUUGAGAAGUUAGGUUCAGAGCUUUCACCGCAAAGGCAAUUGAAAGAGGAGGCAGAAAUGGUGAUGCAACAAUUAAUGAGCUUUGUUCAAUAUACCGCUGAAUUAUAUCAUGAGUUACAUGCCUUAGACAGGUUUGAUCAAGAUUAUCGACGCAAGCUUCAAGAAGAGGAUAAUUCAAAUGCCACACAGAGAGGUGACAGCCUUGCAAUCUUGAAAACAGAACUGAAGAGUCAAAAGAAACAUGUAAGAAAUUUGAAGAAAAAAUCACUGUGGUCCAAGAUUUUGGAAGAGGUGAUGGAAAAGCUUGCAGAUAUUGUCCAUUUUCUAUAUUUGGAGAUAAACGAAGCAUUUGGUAGUGCCGAUACAGAUAAGCAAGUGAAAGAUUCUCAAGGAAACCAUAAGAAGUUGGGAGCUGCUGGUCUUGCUUUGCAUUAUGCAAACAUUAUCACUCAAAUUGAUACUCUGGUGUCUCGGUCAGGUUCUGUGCCUCCUAAUACUAGGGAUGCUUUAUAUCAAGGGUUACCGCCUAAUGUAAAAUCAACAUUGCGUUCAAGGUUACAGUCGUUUCAGGUUAAAGAAGAGCUUACUGUUCCACAAAUCAAAGCUGAAAUGGAGAAAACUUUGCAUUGGCUUGUUCCUAUUGCUGCCAACACAACAAAAGCUCAUCAUGGCUUUGGAUGGGUUGGAGAAUGGGCAAAUACAGGGUCUGAUGUCAACCGUAAACCUGCGGGUCAGUCAGACUUGUUGAGGAUCGAAACACUACACCAUGCGGAUAAAGAUAAAACAGAAGUGUAUAUACUUGAACUGGUUGUCUGGCUACAUCACCUAGUGAGUCAAGUAAGAGUUGGUAACGGUGGAAUAAGGUCCCCAGUCAAAUCCCCGAUUCGUUCUCCUAACCAGAAGACAAUGCAGUUGUUUGCGCAAAAAGGCGGCUCUACUUCUCCGUUGUUAACAGUCGAAGAUCAACAAAUGCUUCGAGAUGUUGGUAAGAGGAAACUAACGCCAGGCAUCAGUAAAAGCCAGGAAUUUGCAACUGCCAAUACUAGGUUGAGCAAACACCAUAGGCUAAGCAAGAGUAGUAAUCAUUCCCCUAUCAGUGAAAGUAAAAGCGAUAUAUUCUCUACAAGGAGGUUACCUUCUGUUCCUGUCAUUGACUUUGAUAUUGACCGAAUGAAGGCCUUGGAUGUCAUUGAUAGAGUGGAUACUAUUGGAAGUUGAUUAGUGUGGGGCAUGUCUUGAUCUUCAAGUCAAGGGUUACUGCUAUAAUUGAAUGAAUUUGUUGUUGCCUUCAAGUUGAGUUUUUCCCCCCUUUGUUUCUUGUGAGCCAUGAAAAAUGUUUCUUGUGGCAUGGGGACAAAGGGGGGCAUAGUUUUUUCAUUAGAUGUAUAUGUACAGAUCAAAUGGUCAUAUAAAUAUUUUCUCUUUUGCUUAAUCUUGAUACUCAAACUUUUGUUACAA